UCGUGUUAUAAAUAGAAUUGGAGCCGCUUCCUGUGCAAGUAGCGGCGCGCUCCCCAAACGAUACCGUGAAUUGCUCUGGGUUUAUUGAUUGUUUGGACUGUAGUUGUACUUAUUAUAUAUAUAGAGAUGAUGUUCUGUCUCGCCUUUGUGCUUUUGCUAAGAGCUGUUUCCGUUUCCCCGGCAGGCGACUGUGAAGUGUGUGUGGGCUUUCUGCAACGAAUAUACGGCUCCCUGGUGUCCACGCACCAAGACCUCAGUCCUACGUUGGUGGAAGAAGAGCUAGCGAGUGCGUGCGCUGAGGUCCAGGGAAAAGAGUCCAGACUGUGCUAUUACCUGGGGGCCAGCAGCGAUGCAGCAACCCGCGUCACGGCGUCCGUCGCCCGGCCUCUGUCCUCCCACGUGCCGGUGGAGAAGAUCUGCCAGAGGCUCGGCAGCACCGACAAACAGAUAUGUGAACUGAAAUAUGAGCAGCAGCUGUGGGACCUGAGCAGCGCGGGGCUGCUGUCGCUCCGCGUGGCCGAGCUGAAGAGAGUGCUGUCGUCCUGGGGAGAGGAGUGCCGCGGCUGCCUGGAGAAGCACGAGUUUGUGGAUCUGAUCCGGGAGAAGGCCCAGCAACACCAACACGAUCAACAUGAACACCAUAUGGACCUGUGAUGUGAUUCAGGAGCAGGGUCGAACGGACCGGAACGGUGUCGGCUCACCAGAGUUCAGAGUUCACGUGACCAAUCAACGCAGCGACACUUGUUGAGCUGUUUUUAAAAAACUCUAAGAACGAGGCAAACAUAUUUUUAAUACAUGGAUGCAUAGCGGAAUGGACUCCAUGUUUCAAAUCAAUUUAUAUCAAACUACAAAGUCCACAUGAAUGAACGGUUGAAUUCACAAUAUUCUGCACAUGCGCAAUGGUGUUUUGCACAACCUGAAUUUAGAAAGUGAAGAACCUGUUUUAUACCGUUGAGCCCAUGGUCAGAAGACAACAAUGAUGAGACAAUCUAAAUAUAUCUUGUUGUAUGCUAUAGAAAUGAUCAAUUAUGUGCACUCAUCAAUAAACACACUUAAUUUGCUCAUCCCUUUGAAAAGGAUUCUAGAAACGCAAAGACCUUGAAAUAAGAAAACAACUUCAGAAUUUGUGUUGGUCUCUAACUACUAUUAAGACCAGACUUGGUGGUAGCAACAAAGACGGGAAUCCUCAAGUUGAGAGAGACAGUGUGUUUGUAUCUUAUUGGUUGCAUAUUAAGAAGCGUUUGACCAAGUACAUUUGUUUUAUUUUACAUCUCUGGUACCUUCCAGUCAAUCCAUUUUAGAUUUUUACUCAUCGACAAAUAAAUUAGAUUGCUUCAUGCAGUAGCCUCCCGUUUCUUUAAUUGGAUGUAUAAGUAUACAUCAAAUUGCACAUACUUCCCGUUUGUCUAUCGUAUUAUAAACCCUUAUACCAACAUCUCCACAUACGUGGAGAUGAGCAUGAAGCACAUGAUUCAGCAUAAAAAGUAUUGAGCAAUGAUAGUUAUCAAUAUUCGGUUUUAAAAUGUAAUUAAUCAAGAUAAAAAAGUACCAUCUAACAUAGCCUUACAAGUUGAAAUGAUUCACCAACUAAACUGACAAUAAUCAAUACAAAUGGUUAAAAAAAGGAACACAAUAAUGAACGUAGUGAUGCGAUACAGUUGACACUGAUUUGCAGUUUGAAUAGACAAUGAUGCUCAAUCCUAAGGAUUGUGAAGAAGUUCAGAUUAUGUAGCCCUCUUAUUAACACCUGGCUUGCUCAGUGUUAAAAGAAAAAAGAGAGCCACUACUCUGUGUUCCACCACCACUCUUCUCUUCAUAACGAAACACAGUAUAUCAGUUAUUUCCAACUGUCCUGUUCA